CGUGGAUCCAAGAGCACAGCUGAUGAAACUCAAUUAAUACAUUCGCCGGUUUUUGCGGUCAGCCCUCAAUGUCAAUCAGUAAAUUAUUCGACUGCGAAUCUCUCCUUGGAUGUGCUACAAAAUCAUUCAGUACGCAGAGUAUAGCUGCAGUCAUCAAACGGUCACUAGACAACAAGUGGUCGAUUGUCGCAAAAGAGACUGUCGUUUCAGUCCAUCGCAUCAGACGGGCAUGCACAGUUGUGAAUCUACUUGCUCCCAAACAAUGCUUCCUGAUCAAGGAUUGAUUAUGGAACAAUUCAGUGCCCCCUGCCCACGUUGUGGGGGGAUCAUGAAUGGCCACUAAAGAACAAUUUUUAUAUCUACAAUUUCCUACCUUUCGUUUGACGUUCGGGUGUCUGGUUUCGUGGUACUGCACACGGUAUUCUCCUGGGUCACCAAGUCAUGCAAUCAUCCUUACCCAAGCUAUGCGAAACUUGUAUAUAUCGAAGAGGCAUAAGAUAUAGUUUAUUCAACAC